CAGUACUCGGCAAUAAAUGUAAAAAAAACCUUAGUAAGUUAGUUGGAGUAACAAGUCUUCAGAAUCAAAUUGAGAAGAAAACAAAAAGGAGCUUUGAAAUAAUUAUAUGGAAUGAAAAUCGACAACUAGGCCUAGAAUCUAUCUAUUUCUUACACGUCGCUACAAAAGUUUGAUCUAGUUUGUUUCAUAUCUCUGAGUUUGUGUUCCUCCAAGAUGGCAGCUUCCAGUCUUGAGCACAGCUCAGACCGAAACUUGAUACAAUUUCUGAAUGAAAAUUUCAGUGGCAACAAAAGAUGCUUAGAAAAAGUUUUGCCAAUGAGAGAUGACUUAAGGAGUAAGAUAGACAUUCUUGAAAAACAGCUCUCACUAGCCAGCACAGAAAUUCCUACAAAGAUUGAUCAGGCAAUAGAAAGUGCAGAGUCAACGACAGCCCAUAUUGCAAGCCUUGAAGCCAAAGUAGAGAGUGUACGGCAUGCGGUGUUGGACCAUAGCCACGAUGUGAAACCGAUGCUGGGAGAGCUGGGUGCUCUGGUGGAGUCGGUGGAGCAGCUACAGAGACAUGCUUACUACCUGAGUACUGUGGCCAAGGUGGAAGACAUCAGUUCCCAGAUACAGUCUUCAUUGAUGACCGAGUCUCUAUCACCUGCAGUGGACUACUUUAAUGAGAUGACUGCUCUGUACAACAAACUACUCACCUCCUCUUGCCCUCACCUUCUGCACUACCUGAAAGAGACUAUUAUGUUUUGGAACAAAAUUCUCUGUGACAGAAUAGCAGUAGAAUUUGAAGAGGUUCUGAAAGCCCUUCGUUGGCCCCUAGUCAUCAGCACUGUCAAGGCCCCUGCUGUCAGCAAUGUGGCAGGUCUCAAAGACAGAAUGGGCAAACUUUUCAGGAAAUUAUUGAGUCUCCAGUUGCCGGACAGUAUCAGCCUGGAGAACUCAGCUUCUCACCCCCUCCUGAGGAAAAUUUCUGGUGUGAAGCCUUUAUUACUUCCACUGGAACUGAUGCUGAAGCCUUUGAAAAAACGUUUCCGCUAUCACUUCUAUGGCCAGAAGCAGACAAAUAGUCUAGACAAGCCUGAAUGGUAUUUGACCCAGGUCCUUAGUUGGACGCGAGAUCACAGUGACUUCAUGGACCGCAAUAUACAGCCUCUCCUUGUGGAGGCAGGGAAGGAAUCGCUCUGUGCUAAGACUGAGUUGACGCGAGGUAUGGUCAUGAUGGUGAUGGAGAAGAUCGCCCACGACCUCCCGGAGCUGGUGCACGACGAGGCCAAGUUCUCCCAUCUUAUCGACGAGGUGCUCCUGUUUGAGAGCGAGAUUCGGAACACAUACUCCUACCCUCCAGUCCUGCCGGGUUGCCUAGAUGUCUUGUGCUCUCAAGAGGCUCUGACCAAGUGGCUUCUUGUGGAGAAAAAAUAUGCGAUGCAAAAAACUGAACAGCUGUUGCAGUCAGUGACAGCUUGGGAGUCACAGUACAGAGACAUAGCUGACCUGGAUGAGGUGAAAGUGCCUGAAUGUGCAGAGAGCUUCAUGAAUCUGCUACUCACCAUCACAGAGCGCUAUCGCAGACUACCAGUGUCUGAGGCGAAAUUACAGUUCUUGUCCGUCCAGCUAGAGCUCCUGGAGGACUUCCGCAUGCGGCUGGUGCAGGUUCGGAAAGAGGCAAGCCAGGAACCUACUGGGCAGCGUUUCUGUGCGGUGCUGAACGCUACGCACUACGUGGUGCAGGUGCUGCGCGAGUGGAGUGAGCUCACAUUUUUCCUCCAGUUAUUGUGCUACAAAAACAACAGAAACCUGAAGACGGAGGUGAUUGAAAGUCUGACUGCAACUGACCACAAACGAACCUCUAGUGACUCGGACAGCUCUGAUGUUCCCGUCCCAGAUCUGAGCGGCCUGUCCCUGGAGCACACUGUGUUUGAGGAGAUCACCUGUCUGUUUGAGAGCAUGGAGACGGACAUGAUCAAGACCGCGUGCCACUACGUGUUUGUGGAUGUGCAGGCUCGCAGCCAGGCCUACAGGAAGGACAGGUGGAUCUCCUUGCCCACCCCAAAGGAGCUGAGCACGACAUUGGGCCUGUCUCCGACCGCCUGUGAGAUGUUCCUAGUGCUAAAAGACCACCUGGCAACCGCACAGAGCCAGAUGAGCGCUCAGUUGUUCCAGACCUUCUGGAAGACCCUGGCCAAGAAACUGGAUAACUUUAUUUUAACGGAGGUGAUCUUGGUGAAUCACUUCAAUGAAGGGGGAGCACUGCAGAUUAACUUUGACAUUACUAGGAACCUGAUUCCUCUCUUCGGAGACUUCACCAACAACCCAGAGGCCUAUUUCCGACUGUCUCGUGAAGCGUGCAUCCUCCUCACCUUGCCGACCGGGUCAGCUCUUCUCCUGAAGGAAGUUCUCUACUCAAAGCUGCACGAGUCUCUGGAGCAGCAGCAGCUGAGACAGCAGCCAGAAGUGAGCACAGCCAUGCGCGAUGUAGGCGUGUUCACCCUCGUUCCAGAACAGUGUGAGACGGUGCUGAGUUUGAGAACAAACUUGACGUUAUCUUGAUGAUGCUGUGCUAGUCUGAAUGUGUGUGUGUAGUGUGUCUUCUUGGGGAUGUGUCUUUGUCAUGGUCAUAACACAGUUGCUUAGUUUUUUGGAGACACACCCAUUUUCCUUUUCACAAAAUUCUGUGAUGCAACCUUUUUGCCCUUUUUAUUUGCAUACAUUCACUAGUCUUAUCCCAUCGAUAGAACCCAGAUCACACUUACAUCGUUAUAAAGUACGGCUUCUCUACUUUUCCAUACCUCAUGUCUAUGUUGCAAAGGUCUUGUCUCGCCUUGAGGACCUCCAAUUUGUCCACAAACUGUGUGAAAUGCACUAUAACAGGUCUCGUUUUGUUUCCGACUUGUGGACCAAUCCGGUGUGUACGUAUGAAAACUUCCUCUUUCCAGGCUUUACAAGACACUGUUCUGUUUAACACCUACGGGACUGGCCUCACACUUGACUUUCUCUGUCCCACGACCAGAGCCGCCGCUCACUUACUGGCUAUUUGCCAUAUAUAUGCAUUAAUCAAAUAUGAAUUACUCAGCCCCUGGUAAAGCUAUAGACAUGAAACUUCACCAAAGUGUCCUAAGCUUGUUCCCCUAUACUGUUAUACAUUGUUUUAAAAAGAAUAUUGGCUUUGUUCAUAUUGGUGUAAUCAGUUAUGUAAACAAAGCAUAACAAAAUGAAUAGGCAAACAAGCUCAGAAAAGACAUCAUCAUAAUGGCGUGAAACUUAUUUUUCAUUAACCAAUUGAUACAACAGACAAUUUUACAUAUAUUUCAAGGUCCAGGUAAGUUCAGAUAAAUCUAGUGAAUGUAAUUGUACUUCAUGUCCACGUAAGAGAAAAAUACUCCAAUGACCAGGUGAAAAACAUUUAAGAUUGCCACACAUUUUUCCUAGCAAUGAAUAAUGCACACCAACAGAAUUACACAUUACAACACAGAAUUACAAAUUACAACACAGAAGAGAAAAAAAUUGACUCGUUUUGGACGAGAUCUCAGCCUAGUCGGCUUAGUUGUAGGAUCGAACCUGACGUGCAUUAUCUUGACUAGUCUGAUAGGACUCAAAGCAAGGCUCAACACAGAGAGGAACUUUGUAGACUCUGCACUUGUGUCUGGUUUGUUUGCGCCGGCCACUGUCCUUUUUGCUGCUGCAACAGACACAUUGUCUGGUUGGUUGGCGUUUCUUUUCUGUUGUUGGAAUACAUUCUGAGAAGUGGGGACUGCUCUUGUGACUGAGACUCUUGAUUGUAGUCGGCAGGUGGGGGCUGUGUUUGUUUUUCAGCCACAUCAGCAAGGAUGCACCGUCUCUCUGGAGGCUGUGUCGGCUUGAGUUAGGCGUCCUUUAGUUUGACCGGCUCUUCUCUGGGGUAUUUUAACUUCUAUUUUUCUUUUACCUCCUCUUUUUGACCUUGUAGUUUUGGGUAUACUAUUUGUUAUUUUCUCUAAGUCUCCUCAUAACACUUGAGGGGUAUGUAAACAUGGUUCUGAGGUCGAAAUGACAACGGAGUGUUUGGGGAGUAGGUUAUUCUAUUGUCCUCUUUAGUGAAUACACUGUCUGUGUCAGAACCACAGGCUGGGACUCCAUUUUG